AAAUUUGAGGGAAUUGUAGAAUGUGGGACCCAGUUGCCGGAGAUUCUUGCCGGAAUUUCACAUGUGGUAGUGCUACUCUAACUUUUAAUAUUUGUGUGGUAGUUGUUUUAAAUUUUUUUUUAAAAGGUAGUUGUUUGCAAAACGGGGACUUAAAUUGGUAGUUGUUUCCAAAAUUUCCUAUCUUUUAUAGAUUAACGGUAUUAUGGUCAAAGUUUUCAAAAUUUGACCCAAAAAAUGGCAAUGGGACAAAAAUAAAAAAGAGGGAGGGAGUAGUAGCUUCGUAAGUUCUGGUCUCUUUUGCUUGUUGGGGUUAUUGGCUAACUUUCUCUCUCUAGUUUCAUUUUUUCUAUACUGACCUUGCCCAUAUCUUCUGUCCAUAACUCGAUCCCAAAUUCACAAAUUUCUAACCUUGGGUUACCCUGUCCAAUUGUUCAUUAACGAAACUCCAAUUAGUGCCAAAGAUUUAAUAACCACACCACCGCCGUUAUAAUACCGUGGACUUCCAAAUCAAACGAAAAGAACAACAAAAAAUAGAGUCAAUUGAAAGACAUGGGAGAAGAAUCAAAACAACACCAACAAUGAGCAACAGAGGUGGAGGGAUGUUGGGCAACCAUCAUCACCCACAACAACAACAUCAUCACCAUCAACAACAACAGCAACAUCAACAACACUCCAACAACAGCAGCAACAAACCAGAAUGGCUGCAACAAUAUGAUUUGAUCGGUAAAAUUGGGGAAGGAACUUAUGGUUUGGUGUUCUUAGCCCGUGUUAAACCCCCUUCUCCUCAUCGUGGUAAAUCAAUUGCUAUUAAGAAGUUUAAGCAAUCUAAAGAUGGUGAUGGCAUCUCCCCUACUGCUAUUCGCGAAAUCAUGUUGCUACGAGAAAUAUCCCAUGAAAAUGUGGUUAAGCUUGUGAAUGUACACAUCAAUCCUGCAGACAUGUCUUUGUACCUGGCCUUUGAUUAUGCGGAGCAUGAUCUAUAUGAGAUCAUUAGAUAUCAUAGAGAUAAGGUAAAUCAACCAAUCAAUCAGUACACAGUUAAGUCAUUGCUCUGGCAGCUGCUGAAUGGCCUUAAUUAUCUACAUAGUAAUUGGAUCAUUCAUCGAGAUCUCAAACCGUCGAAUAUUUUGGUUAUGGGCGAAGGAGAAGAACAGGGAGUUGUUAAAAUUGCUGAUUUUGGAUUAGCAAGAGUAUACCAGGCUCCAUUAAAGGCAUUGGCUGACAAUGGGGUUGUGGUGACAAUUUGGUAUCGAGCUCCUGAACUGCUGCUUGGGGCAAAACACUACACUAGUGCUGUUGAUAUGUGGGCUGUUGGAUGCAUAUUUGCUGAGCUUCUGACUUUAAAGCCACUGUUUCAAGGUGCGGAAGUCAAAGGCACACCAAAUCAUUUUCAGCUGGAUCAACUUGACAAAAUAUUCAAAGUCUUAGGUCAUCCAACACCAGAAAAGUGGCCUAUACUUGCGAAUCUUCCACAUUGGCAACAAGAUACGCAGCAUAUUCAAGGGCAUAAAUACGACAAUCCUGGACUUUACAGUGUUGUCCAUCUUUCUCCCAAAAGUCCUGCUUAUGACCUGCUGUCCAAAAUGCUUGAAUACGAUCCUCGCAAGCGACUAACAGCUGCACAAGCACUUGAACAUGAGUACUUCAAGAUGGAGCCUUUGCCAGGUCGCAAUGCAUUUAUUCCCUCCCGGCCCGAAGAAAAAGUUGUUAAUUAUCCUGCUCGACCAGUGGACAGUAAUACUCAUUUUGAGGGAACAGCAACCAUUCAACCACCACAACAGGCUCCACCUCCAAAUGCUGGUAACAUGCAAGGCUCCCAUAUUCCAAACAGAAAUGUACCUCGACAAAUGAGUAUGGUUGGUAUGCAAAGAGUGCCACCUCAAGGCAUAGCGCCUUAUAACAUCUCUUCUCAGGCUGGAAUGGGUGGUGGAAUGAACCCUGGAGGCAUCCCUAUGCAACGAGGAGUGGCUAAUCAAGGUCACCCACAGCAGCAGCUGCGAAGAAAGGAUCCUGGGAUGUUGCCUGGGUACCCUCCACAGCAGAAAUCGAGAAGGUUCUGAGGGAUUUUAUAACUAGGAUAGAAGUUACGUCAAUGUUCGUGCUCACUUGAAGUCCCAACUGGUAGCAUUCUAACAAUUUAAUGGCCACUCCUGCGGUCCUGCCUCACUGCUAAGUACCCUGUAGUAUGCCCAAACAAUGCCAACCCUGGGAAUAGUGAAAACCAAAACCAAGAGAAGCUUGAGCAGUGUGCUUUAAGAGAUGGAAUUGUUGUCUUAAUGUUUCUAAAGCAGAUCUGCUCGGAUUUCUGUGAAAUGAAAGAUGUGUCCCUGAUUUGUCUGUUUGGAGGCAUGUUGAGACGACGGCCACAGCCCGUGUACUGACUGCAUUUGCAGAAAAGCCAUGAAAUGCAGGGGAUUCAGCUGAUCGUAAUUUAGGGUGUUCUGUUGUAACAUUAGUUGCAGAUCUGCGCCAGCGCUUUGGUAUAGCUGCAUGCUGGCUAUAUGUAUGUACUUUGUACAUGCCCCUUUCCACCCCUACUCUAUUUAGAACAGUGAUUAUUAAAAAUUGUAAUUUAAGCCUCAUCUAUGAUAUGCAUCAUUUUUCUUAAUGUUAACUCUUCCUAUCACAUUCAAGAACGAAUGUACAGCGCAUUCAUGGUGGUUGAUCCCAAUAAAAAAUCUGCGUUAAACUUUGUGUUGGA